ACAUUUUGAUACUUAUAUGUUUUUAUUGAGAAAAUAUCAAGCUUGUAAUAAGUCUCUCAUACAAGAUAUCCUAAAAAAGAAUUGCAGUUUAUGCAGAGAAUAGAAUCAAAUUCUCCUUCCAAAAACCCCACCUUUUUGUUUUCUACCAUUUCUUUUGAACACCACUCAAUUUUUGUUCCAUUUUUAAUUCAACCAAGAUCAAAUAUAGUAAUAGUAUCCCCACCCAAAGUGCAAUACAACUCUAAAAUAACAUCAUCAUUAAAAAAAAAUGUAUUACUAAAAAACAAAAAGCCAAUCGAAACACAUAUCUACAUUUUUCGUUCUAUGCUUAUCUCAGCUGUUCAUCCACUGAUUAAUAUUAUUGACCACAUAUAGUAGAUUGAAAUGAGUGGUUGCGAUUGCAGCAACACCAUUUUACCAAUGGAGAGAAUCCAAACCAUCUAAAAACAUAGAUACAUUCUAAUUUGGGUAGGUGCCGCCUAUUGGGUCGGUGCCACCCCACAUGAGAGGAUCCGAAUCCGAUACACUCGUACACAAACAAAAGCACAAAAAUCAAAAACCUCUUUCUAUCCCUAGUCUAUAGUUACAUAAGAGAUGAUUUCUCUAUAAACUUUUCUUCUCUCUCGUGAUGUCAACUAUCAUCAUAGUAUCAUGCAAGUAGUACCCCUUUUAACCUCACAACAUUUGUUUUGCUAUACGCCAGCUAAUUCAUUGCAUUCAUUCAACCACAUCACCAACCACUCUUUCUCUCUCUAAAAUAUUUUAACAUUUUAUCCUCAGAUCUCUAAUAUCUUUGAAACCUAUAUAUAUAUAUAUAUACACUCUUUGCACUUUUGAUUUUACACCAACCCAUAUAGUUUUCUCUUCAAAAACAGAGUCUUUUUAUUGAGAAAAUGGCAAAUGGGUUGGAAAAUGAAAGUGGGGUGUCAAUGUUGUUUAGUGAGGAAGAGUUGAGAGAGAUGAGUGGAGUGAAUUUUUUUGAUGAUUAUGUUGAAGUUAUGUGUGGUUGUACUAGUCAUAGAUAUGGUGAUGCUGUUGGUAGACUUAGGGUUUAUCUUAGUGGCUUCCUUCAAAUUAUUUGUGAAUGCACCCCUGGUUGUCAAGAAGACAAGUUGACUCCUUCUGCAUUUGAGAAACAUUCUGGAAGAGAGACGGCAAGGAAAUGGAAGAAUAAUAUCUGGGUUAUAAUUAAUGGUGAGAAGGUUCCAUUGGGCAAAACAGUACUGCUCAAAUACUACAAUCAAGUGUUAAAAGGUGCUAAUAGCUCUCAGAGGUCCCUAAGUGGACGUGUUGGUCACCGCGAUGAGUUUGUUCGCUGUACUAAGUGUAACAAAGAGCGUAGAUUUCGUCUGAGAUCUAAAGAGGAAUGUCGCAUUCACCAUGAUGCUGUGGCAGAUGCAAAUUGGAAGUGUUCUGAUCUUCCAUAUGACAAGAUAACAUGCGAUGAUGAAGAAGAACGAGGAAGUCGAAGAGUUUACAGAGGAUGUGGUCGAUCUCCAACAUGUAAAGGUUGCACUUCUUGUGUGUGCUUUGGAUGUGACAUCUGCCGCUUUUCGGAUUGCAGCUGCCAGACAUGUACUGACUUUACUAGCAAUGCAAAAGCUUGAUUCUGAGUCCUUAGCAAUGGCACUGUGUUCCCAAUACUUGUUCUUAUGGGCUGGUUAUGCCUAUAGAAAACUAGAAAUGCUUAAUUUUCCUAAUUGGACAUCACCAGUGUGAUGAGUUCAUCAUCUUUCAUUGUUCUCAUUUACUGGAUCAUAAAUUUCAAUGUUAACAAUUUAUUCUCUUA